UAGAGAGUAAAAUUGAAGUAAUUAUCAAAUUAAAAAGAAAGUAAAAGUACUAUAUAUACAUAAUUAAAAAAAUAUACAAAAAAAAAGAACAACAUGAUACGAAUUUAAAACAAGAAAAAAAUGGGCUUUGUUCGUAUUAAAUUAGUUGAAGCAACUGCUGGUUCAAAUGUUUGGAAAGAGCUUGAAGCUGAAAGUAAAACAUGGGAUCCUUAUACUGGUGUGCAUAUUAAAGAAGCAGUUGAAAUUCCUGGUCAAGGUCUGCAAUUAGUGCAAGAAAAAAAGACUAUUUAUCCUGAAUGGAACAGAUGUUUUGAUACCCAUUUAAAACCAGGCCGAAUGGUUACUUUAGUUUUGAUGAACAAAGUUGAUGCUAAAAUUGCUGGUGACGUUACAGUUGGUGUGCAGUAUCUUGCUGAUCAGUGCUUGAAAUCUACCAGUAAUGUUUCAAGUGUCUGGCUUGAUUUAAAGCCAAAUGGAAGAAUACUUGUACAUGUGAAAUAUUUUUCUGAGAACGUGGGUGACCCAAAUGGUGGUGCUCUUGAUGCGAAUCAAUUGAAGAACUUGAGUGGUUUGCAGAUGCGUCGUGGUGCUGUGCGUAAAGCGAAAAUUCAUUUAGUCAAAGCGCACCAAUUUAUAGCUAAAUUUUUUCGUCAUCCUACUUUUUGUUCUGUGUGUAACCAGUUUUUGUGGGGUUUUGGAAAACAAGGCUAUCAAUGUGUAGCUUGCUCUUGCACUGCACACAAGAAGUGUCAUGAUUUAAUACUUUACAAUUGUCCUGAUUCGGCUACUUCAUCUCAAGAUACCAUUAAAAUGAAGGAACGUUUUAAUAUUAAUAUGCCUCAUCGUUUUAAUCCUAAAAAUUAUCUUGGACCAGCUUUUUGUGAUCACUGUGGAUCAUUGCUCUACGGAUUAUUUCGACAAGGUUUAAAUUGUGAAGCAUGUAACACAAAUGUUCACUUUAAGUGCAAAGCCAAGGUUCCAAAUUUGUGUGGAAUCAAUCAGGUUCUUUUUGCGGAAGCCAUCAAACAUGUUGAAAUGGAAAAAAAGAAGCGUGAUAGUGUAUUAGAAGACAGUGAGUUAAUAAAUAUGGAGGAUGAAACUACAUUAUAUGAGUCAGUAUGGGAACAUUCAACUAUACAACCUACUCCUCCAAAAAGAACAGCUAGUAUUCGUCCUGAAAGCAAAAAGAGACGCUAUGACAUUAAUGAUUUUAAAUUUUUGAAAGUUUUAGGAAAAGGAAGUUUCGGAAAAGUAUUGUUGGCAGAAGUACCUGCAGAAAACAAUGCUGUGUAUGCUGUCAAAGCUUUAAAGAAAGAUGUUGUUCUUGAAGAUGAUGAUGUUGAAUGCACUUUAGUUGAACGAAGAGUAUUGGCAUUGUCGACUCGGCAUCCUUACCUCACUCAUCUAAUGGCUACUUUUCAAAACGAAAGUCAUUUAUUUUUUGUUAUGGAAUACUUGAAUGGUGGAGAUUUAAUGUUCCACAUACAGUCCUUUGGCAAGUUUGACGAAAACAGAGCUCGUUUUUACGGAGCAGAAGUUGUUUGUGGGCUUCAGUUUCUUCAUAAAAACUUAAUUAUAUAUAGGGAUUUAAAAUUAGACAACAUUUUGCUUGAUCGUGAAGGCCACAUAAAAAUUGCAGAUUUUGGCAUGUGUAAAGAAGAUAUGAACGAUGGAGUCAAAACAGCUACAUUUUGUGGAACACCUGACUAUAUUGCUCCAGAGAUACUUAAAGCUCAGCGAUAUGAUUCUUCAGUUGACUGGUGGAGUUUUGGUGUUCUUCUAUAUGAAAUGCUGAUAGGUCAAUCACCAUUCUCUGGUGAAGAUGAAGAUGUUCUUUUUGCAAACAUUUGUCGUGAUAAGUUGUACUUUCCUAAGUGGGUCUCUGAACCUUCUGUAUCUAUUCUAGGUCAAUUAAUGGAAAGAAAUAUAUCUUUGCGACUGGGCUACACUGGGGGUACUAAACCGCACAUUCGGAAACAUCCAUUUUUCAGUCCAAUAGAUUGGAACAAGCUUGAAAAGAAAGAAAUUAAACCGCCAUUUAUACCAGAUGUUAAAAGCAACAAUGCUGUUAACAAUUUUGAUCCAGAUUUUACAAUGGAGGAACCCAAACUAACCCCAAUGGAUGCAAAACUAAUGGAAUCAAUCGAUCAAUUUCAAUUCAAAGGUUUUUCUUUCAUAAAUCCAGCUUUUCAUAUUAAACAAUGCUAAAGGUAAUACUCUUAAUGCUACAAUUAUUUUGCUCAAUCGUGAGUUCGAGGCUUAUUUCGUUUACCCUGAUUUACGUUUUUGGUAUCAAAAAUUGUGAUGUUUGUCUUUUAUAUUUAGUUAACUUUUCAAAUUUAUUUAUUAUUGAUUUUAAAUUUCUAGUAUAUUUUUGUUUUCAUUUUUUAUGAUAUUUUUUCUAAUCUCGAAAAAAACAUUUUUUAAUAUAGAAAUAGAAUUAUUUUUAUUUGCAAGAUUAACAUUUUUACACCCAUAACAUUUUUGAUUGUUUUAUAAAUGUUGUUCUCAUUAAAUGUUGUUAAAAUGGCAUUUUCGAUUAUAAUGCACUUAUUAAUAACCUUUUCUAAACUUUCUAAUUUUUUAAAUAAUAUUUUUUUUUUCUAAAUUAACAUUCGUUUAAUGUGAUGUUAAGUUUUUAUAACUUUUAUCGUAAAUCAAUCUCAACUAUAAAGGUGCUUAAAAAAAACAAAACAAGAACAACUUAAGAUUUUUUGUUUGUUUCAAACGCUUUAUUCUUUUUUUUUUUUUUUCUUACGUGACUUAAUUCCUCUACUAUUAUUAUACUAAUAUUGUUAUUGUUUUUUUUGUUUUGUUUUUGUGUCAAUGUUAUUUAUGAUUUUGAGAGCGUGUUUUCAUAUCAGUUGCUAAUUUCUUUUAAGGAAUUCUAGUUGCUUAAUAUUAAAUAUUUUUAUCGAAACCCGUUGUUUUCAGGUAUUUGGAAAAGGUUUAUUUUAACUUAUUAAAUGUGUUAUAAUGGAAUUUAGAGAAUAAAAUUACAGGAUAAUUUUGUUUGAAAUGUAUUUAUUUGUAAAAUUUUAAGCAAGUGAACAGUGUCUUUUUUUUUCAAAUAA